AAUAACAGGUGCCAUGAUGAGAUAAUCAGUGUUCUACACUUCACCUCUCACUGCUCAAAAUGUUAUUCCUGAUCGGUGUACAAACCUAUGAUAUGGACAUGGUGGGGUAAAAAAAAUAUGCAGUGCCUCAGAUGUUCUCUCACGCAUCACCUCCCAAAAUCCUAUUUAUUUAUAUCCUACAGCCUAGUUAUUUAUCUAUAGUUCCUGAGAUAUGCACAUUGGCAUAAUUUAUCAUCCAGACCUUAGACCCGAGUACACCUCAGAAGAUGUCUCAGAAGAUCAGAAGACAAAGACGAGUUAUUUGAGCUGGGAAUGUUCGAAGCAUUAAGGGACAAAGCAUGAUGAGCUCCAGAGCCAGUGGAGAUUCCUGAUUCCUGAACCUCAUCAUCAAGCAGAAGACAAGGAGCUUCUUCUAAUUCCUCCAAGAUACCUCCAUAGCAGAGGAUAUGGGCAAACUCCAUCACUAAUAAACCUCAGCAAGAGUCUUUCCAAAGACAAGUCUAGCAGGUUGAUGCAUCUACAAGGCAAUUAGAAGUUUUAAGGUUGAAUGUAAGGUAACCUCUACACAGCAUGACUCACAUAAUUAUUCUAACACGCCUUUGACGUUCUGGUGAAACUUGUUUUUGGUGGAACAUGUCGAAGCUUACAGCAGACGUUCAUUGAUUCUAAUGGUAUAUAGAGUAAUAUAGGCAGAUUAGUGACAAUGGAUUGUGGCUGAAAUGCAGGUUCCUUUCACCAUGCGAAAAAUUCCAGAUACACCCCGGGUUGUUGUCUAAUAGACGGGGAUUACGGUUGAUUUAAACGCCCUACUUGUUAAAGGUUGCUCAAGUGAAGAUGUGACGGUAGAUUAUAAAGAGCUGCAGUUAAAAAUAGUGAGUGCUGCAUAGUGUGCCUGGUGUGUGUGAUUUUUGCUUACGCACAAUGGGGAUCAAAGCAGCUCUUCCCAAAUAUGAGCUCUAUUUUUAUUAUGUGGUGCUGUCCCUGGCAAUGCUCUGGGCUGCCAGUUGGAUUUUUGAUGUGUCCAGUUCGAAUGCAAACCGAAAGUCCUUCAAGUCCAACAUCCAGCCCGGGUGGUACUACUUCGGCAGAAAAAUGGAUGCGUCUGAUUCAGAGUGGAUGAUGUGGUUCUCCACGUUCCGCGAGCACAUCAUCUUCGCUCUCACUGGCCAUGUCUUAUUCGCCAAGAUCUGCUCCAUGCUGGCUCCUCAGGUGCAUCUCAAACAUCCGUACAGAAUCGGAAUCAGGUUCCUUGUCCAAUUCCGCUCUCUGGUCUACAUGGUGUAUGGUGUUCUUGCCGUUCUCACGAGUAUGGGUUGGACCUACGUGACUCUUAUCCUCUCACACUGCAUGCUGCUCUACAGCAUCUCACUGGUCAAACUCCGGUGGCUCUGUUUCACCGCCGGACUCGUCACGCUCGCUACUUUUAGGAUGGAGCCCUUUGUUUCCUGGCAGGCUGAGUUUGUGACCGGAGACUUUGCUCUGCGCCCGGUGCUGUUCUACGGAGGCUGUGGCUUCACCAUCAUGCGGUGCAUGAGCUUCGCUUUGGAGAACUGUGAGAGGAAAGAGGGUCACUACAGCAUCCUAGAGCUGCUCAAGUACAACUUCUACCUCCCUUUCUUCUACUUCGGACCCAUCAUGACCUUCGAUAAAUUCUACAUCCAGGCUAAUAAUCUAGACUUGAGACGUAAAGAGAGAGAGAUGUGGGACAUUUCCAUCCAGGGUUUAUUAAACUUGGGAGUUAUCAUCAUGGUGGCCGUCAUCUUCCACUUCAUGUAUAUUCUGACCCUUCCAAGUGACUUGAAGCUGCUGAAACAUCUCUCAGACUGGACUAUCGCGGGUUUGGCAUACCUGAACCUGGUGUACGACUGGGUGAAAGCCGCCGUGAUGUUCGGUGUUAUCAACACAGUGUCUCGACUGGAUCAUCUGGAUCCUCCCAAACCUCCCAAAUGCAUCACGAUGCUCUACGUCUUCUCCGAAACGCACUUUGAUCGAGGAAUCAACGACUUUCUCUGCAAGUACGUGUAUAAUUACCUCGGGGGUAAACAUGAUCACGUGCUGGAUGAGUUGAUCGCCUCUCUUUGCACGUACGCCAUCACGGCGCUGUGGCUCGGGCCGAACUGGGUCGUCCUCCUCUGGGCUUUCUUCAACUGUUUUGGCCUCAACUUCGAGCUGUGGAUCGCCAAGUUCUUCUCCAUGGAGCCUUUCUUUACCAUUGAGAUGGCGAUGUCUGAAUCCAUGUCUCGCAGAAUUAGAGCUGUGUUUAAUACCUUCAACUUCUGGUGCAUCGUCCUGUACAACCUCCUGGUCCUCAACAGUCUUGACUUUGUGAAGCUCGUUGCCAAGAGAUUACUGCUGAAAGGUUUCCCCUUAUCCACCAUCACCGUGAUGUUUGUGACCUACUGCUUGGUGCAGAUAAUAAAAGAGAGAGAAAGGAAGCAGGCUUUGAUUGAUGACCCUGAUCCUGUACCUCCUCCUGUCCCCGUCCCACCUCCAGCUACCAUCAAACCCCAAACCGAGGCCUCAGCCGCUGCUGCUGCAGACCCCAACAAGGAAAAGUCCGAGUAGGAAGACAUUACUCUGUUGGGUUUGACUUGCAUAUGGCAAAAAAAUAUGACAAACAAAUGGACAACUCAGAAUGACAUAACAGUAUGUAUAUGGCGGGUUUUUACACAGAACGAAUACAAAAUAAAAUUGUAAUGAAGCUUAAAGAUAAACAAACUUACUGACGUUUAACAAACACUUUUAACAUGAACAAUUUAUCCUUAAAGCCUUUACAUGAUGACUCUGUUUACUGAAAGAGCUCUUAUAACUGUACAGAAAGACUCUAUCUUACUCUCAGAAAUAAAAAGACUGAAAAAUGUUUCCAAGGGCUAAAAUAUAUG